AUGGAGAGGGUUAGGACCAUUCUGACUCAUGGAUACCCAUACCCACAUGAGCAUUCGAGACAUUUCAUGAUUAGGAAGACUAUCAAGCCACACUAUUCACACUUUAGUCGCUGGUACGUUGCUUGGAUAUUCUUGGCAGCAUUAUGGCAUCUCCCUAGUUUUCAGUCAAUGGGGUUGGAUUUGAGGAUGAAUCUUUCCCUCUUCCUCGCUGUUUAUAUUUCCUCUCUAAUCAUCUUCCACGUCACAUUUCUUGGACUCUGGUAUUUGGAUCUUGUUUCUCGCAUGGCAGAGAAAAAGCCAGAGAUGCUUACUAUAAUCAAAAAUUGCGCAGUGGUAAGUAUAGCUUGCUGCGUGUUCUACAACCACUGUGGUAACAGGACCCUUUCAAGGGACAAAUCUAUUGAUCAUAGAACUGCAUUUUCACUGUGGAUAAAGCAAAAUGAGUACAAUACACUGAUUUCAAAGCUAUGGCGUAUGCAUAAGUUUAAAGAUCAUAUUUGCUCGCCCUGGUUUGCUCCGGUUGGCUUUGCCAGUGAUUAUCCACUUCUAUCGAAAUGGGCCAUUUAUGGAGAACUUCCAAUGGAUCCGAACGCUCCAACAUCAUUUCACCUGUCUACUCUUUGUGGGAUACAUUCAUUGGUCUUUACAUGGCCAAUUAUGUCGUGGAGCGGUCAACUGGGUAUGCCUACUGUCUGCACACAUCCAUCUGGUAGAAUUUCUUUUUGA